CAAAACCUUUUAAACUGCAAAAUUAAAAAGAGCUAAUAUCGAAAGCAACGUCUUCAAAGUUUAAGAUUUUAAAUGUUUAUACAAAAUAAUUCCAAUUACGAAAAUAGUGGUGGAGGUGCUGCAGCUGUUGCAGCUAGUGUCAGUGCGGGUGAUAUUAAUGAUGUUGCCGGCGGCGAUGGCAUUGGUGGAGGUGGCGGCCUUGAUAGUCUUGAGGUGGGUGUUAACAAUGUCGAGGCACUUAGUGUGGGUGACAGCAGUCUCAGUACAAACGGUAGUGAGGGAGCUGGAAGUCAAGAAUUAAUAUUUCCCCUUAGAUCACCAGCACGUCAACAAAAUUCACUAAACAGUUUAAAUAUGCGCGAAAAUAAUAACAAUGCCAAUACGAAAAGAUCUUUCAAUUUAAAUCUCAGCUUUAGCAACAAUAAUAAUCGCAAACUCUUAAGUGUGGCCGCUGUGGGUGGUGGUUUAGGGGUGGCCGGUGGUGCCCUUAGUGGUUGUGUUAGUACAGCUCAAUCGUUUUGGAGUUCGGUUGCUUCGAAUGUUUCGGCCUCAUCAUCCUCUUCUUCGUCGUCGUCGUCGUCGUCUUCAUCGUCCAUAACAUCGGCUUCACCUUCGGCUUUAGCUUCAUCCUCGACCUUAUCAUCGGAUGUUAGUAGUGGUGUUGGUGGUGGAGGUUUGGUUAGUAGUGGUGCUGUUGCAGUAAGUGGUGGCUGUGGUCCAGGUGUUGUUCAACGGGUUUUUAUUAACACCAAACCGAAAAAUAAAACUGAAUUAAUUUUAGCUACAGGCCCCAGUACAAGUACAACAAACAUCAUUACUUCAUCUACGGGUAAUAAUAUUUUAAAUAUUGCCGAACGCAAUAAUAAAACACACGCUUACAAAAUGGAUGUGGAUUCAUCUGAUGAAAAUGGACCUCAAACAUUCCUCAAUACAAACGAUAAUGAUGAUGAACUUAUUAAACAACUGCCAAAGGAAAUACUAUUACGUAUAUUCUCAUAUUUGGAUGUGGUUUCAUUAUGCAGAUGUGCACAAGUCUCCAAAUAUUGGAAUAUCUUAGCUUUAGAUGGAUCCUGCUGGCAGAAAGUCAAUUUAUUUGAUUUUCAACGUGAUAUUGAGGGUCCUGUCAUAGAAAAUAUAUCCCAACGUUGUGGAGGAUUUUUAAAAUUUCUUUCCCUACGAGGUUGCAAAUCUGUGGGAGAUCAAUCAAUACGGAAUCUUUUAGAAAUCAAUAUAUCAUGGUGUCAUUUAAUAACCGAAAAUGGUGUCGAAGCUUUAGCACGUGGUUGUGUUUAUUUGCGAAAAUUCUGCAGUAAAGGUUGUAAGCAGGUGAACGAUAAUGCCAUCUCGUGUUUGGCUAAAUAUUGUCCAAAUUUAAUGGUGCUCAAUUUACACAGCUGUGAGUCUAUAACCGAUUCAUCGAUUAGACAAAUCGCAAGUAAUUGUCACAAUUUACAAAAACUCUGUGUAUCCAAAUGUGCCGAACUGACCGAUCUCUCAUUGAUGGCACUCUCGCAAAAUAAUCCCUAUUUAAAUACCUUAGAAGUAUCCGGUUGUCGUAAUUUUACCGAUUUGGGUUUUCAGGCUUUGGGUAAAAAUUGUAAAUAUCUGGAACGCAUGGACUUGGAAGAGUGCAAUCAAAUAACUGAUUUAACUUUAGCCCACUUGGCCACUGGUUGUCCAAGUUUAGAAAAAUUGUUUUUAUCGCACUGUGAACUGAUAACGGAUGAUGGUAUACGCCAACUAGCCGCUGGUAGUUGUGCCGCCGAAAGUUUAUCCGUCCUCGAAUUGGAUAAUUGUCCUUUAAUCACUGAUCGUACAUUAGAGCAUUUAGUAUCUUGUCAUAAUUUACAAAGAAUUGAGCUAUUUGACUGCCAAUUGAUAACAAGAGCAGCAAUACGCAAACUAAAGCAACAUUUACCAAAUAUAAAAGUUCAUGCGUACUUUGCCCCAGUUACACCGCCUCCAGUUACAACUGGACAACGACCACGUUACUGUCGAUGUUGUGAGAUUUUGUGAGAUUCGGCCAUUGGCUUUGCCCGGAAAUUACUGUGCAAAGGCCCCACUGACUGAUGUUUGCAUAUAUUCGCAAGCAUUAUACUGAUUAUCUUGACGAUUGUCAUUGCAUCGCUAAUGUUACUUUAUGUUUUUACGGCAAUCUAUAAAUUUACAAUUUGAGUUUAUUUCUUAUUGAUGAAAUAUAUAGUUUUUAACAAAAUUUCUCAUUUUUAUUUAGUUCUUUUUUUUUUUUGUUUUAAUAACAAUUACAUUAACAACAAUAUUUUU